AUGUCGCUGCAAAAUCAUAAACAGCUAUUCGCAGACUCUCAUACGCGAAUUGAUCAAGUACUAUCGAGACUCAUUAAGGUAGAAGAUAUUGAGAGGAUUACUAAUUGUUUCCAGUAUUUGCAUAGUUAUUCUCCCAGUCGAGAUCAAUCAAUAAUGGCCAUAAAAAAGCAUCAAAUGUUUAUUAUAAAACUAGUGGAAAUCAAGCAGUAUACUCAAGGGAUAAGACAAUUAAAUUAUUUACAACUUGUAUUCAAUAAAAUUCUUAAUGAUAUACCUAUGAAUUGGAAUGAUUCAGUUGAUUCAUGGGUGGAAAUACCGUUUAAUGAGGAGAUGACUCAGACUGAAUCAGUACCACAACCACAACCACAAUUGGUUAAUUUAGUGGUAUCAUUUCAUUUCCUCUAUUUACAAUGUUUAUUACAAAGUAUAUCCAGUAAUAUUAAACUUGUGGUCAGUAAUAAAGAUUCUUUACUUAAUAUGUCUAUAUUCAAAUCCAUCCCAUUAUUAUUUUUAAAUAAUGGACACUUUAUAAGAUGGUUAAAUUUGGCUAUUAAACUUAGUCCAAAUAAUGAACCUAAGUAUAUGAAAAAUUCUAUAAAGAUGAUUAAUGGAUUUAUUGUUAUUAUAGAUAGUUUGAAUAAGAAAAUUCAAGGCUCAAAUCUUAAGGUUUAUAAAUGUUGUUUAAAGAUGAAAUUAGCUCAAUUCACAGGUGAAGAGUAUAAGGAUUGGGAUAUAAUUGAUGAUGGAUAUAUUGUACAAUUCUUACAAGAUUUACACCAAUCAGAAUAUCCUCAUAUUGAAUCAAUUAUGAAAUAUUUCCUGUCCACUUCCAUAGAUGAAUUUGUACAAACAUUACAAGCAUAUUCCAGAACUCCAUCAAUAUCAUUAAUUAAUCAAUUACAACUUCAAUUAAUGACAUCUCCAACCAUUCCUAAUGAUAAAAGAGCUUUACAACAUAUAACCGAUAUAUGUCUAUUGAAUAAUGAACUUUCUUAUUCGUUUAUUAAUGUUAUAACUUCAGGUUUAAGUAGUUAUUUGAAUAAUAUCCAUACCCUUAAUAGUAAUCAUAUUAGGAUACUUGAUCAUAUUACAAUAUUCAUUAAAGCUAUAAGUAAAGAUAUACAAGAUUGGCAAACUAUAAAGCAAACAUUUAUAAAUCUUCAUCAUAUAUUUUAUCAAUUCCAACAAGUCAAACGAAUUAGAAAUUUAUCUAAUAUAUUAUAUAAUAUAGGUAAUAAAACUUUAAAUUUUGAUAUUAUAAGUUUAUGUCUUACCUAUGAAAUUGAUAUUUAUAAUAUAUCUAAAUCAAUUGAUGAUACCAAAGCUCUCAAAUUAAAAGUUCAGAAUCUUCUGAAUUCAUUAUGUGAAGCAGGAUUGGCUGAUAAAUCAGUUGUAUUUAUAAAAUUAUACCUUGAUUUUAUUGAUAAAUCCAUAUCAAAUAUCGUCAAUAUUGAUAAUAUAUUUUUACAAUUGAUUGCCAAAUGUAUAUCAAUGAAUCCUCAAGUCUCUAUAACAUUAUUUAACAAUAAUAAUGAAUAUUCAGAUGGAUUAAAAUCAUCCCUUGUAAUAAGGUUAUUUCUGUUAUUGGAGAAAUCCACUAAUUGUGAAGAAAAGACUAGAGUUAUCAAUCAUUUGGUUGAUAGUUUACUGUUUAAUGAUCCUAAUCUUUAUUAUCUUAUUCAGUAUCAUUAUUUCAAUAUUAAUGGAUUAACAACCAUCAUUGAUUCUAUUCCUCCUCCAUUACCAUCUAAUGAUAUAAAUGAUUUAUUGAAAUGUGGAUGUGACUUACAAAGAAUGAUUAACUUUAACUAUAAUGAUUCAUUAUUAAACGAUUGUAUUCAAACAUUUCUUCGUUAUAUAAGUGAAGAUGUUAAUCAACAAGUUAAUAUAAUUAAGUAUAAUCAAUAUGAACAAGAUAUAUUUCGUUCAUUAAUUCUGUACUUAAAGUUUAAUGGAACUACGGGUUAUUUGAUUCAUGUAAUAGAUGUGUAUCGAGCCAAUAGAUCCUUAUCAAACAGUCUUGAUAUCUUUAUUCAAACCCAUUAUUGUGAAGCAUUAUUAAAACUAUCUCUAGUAUAUGAUGCUGGAGAAGCCUUACAGACAUUAAAUAACUCAUUAAAAGUUAUGAAAAUCAAUUCACUUGUGGAUAUCUUAGCCUGUAAUCUUAUUCAGAUUGAAUAUUUCAUUAAGACUAAUGAAUUACAAAAGGCCGUAGAGAAAUAUAAUAAAUCCUUUAAAGCAUUAAACUCAAGAGGUGAACAUAAUUUAAUAUUAAGUGAUAAUGUAUCAAUGAUUGAAAAAUUAACUAAUUUAUUACUUAUAGCCAAAUUUCAAGUUAUUUGUUGUAAACUUAAUGGAUUAUUACAUAAUUCAAUAGAUGCAUUUAAAUGUAUUAGAAUUGCCAUAAAGAUUGGAUAUUCAAUUAUUAAGAAAUCAGGACCUAAUAUACCUAAACAUAAAUAUAAUGAAAUUAAAUGGGAAACUAUUCAAGUAAUGUUUGAAUGUUAUCGAAUUAUAUUACUGCUUUUAAAUCAGUUAGGAAUCUCCAGAGAUCAUUUAUUUUAUUUUAAAGAAUUUGAUAAAGCUAAUGAUUCGACUUGGUCUCCUAUUGUUAAUUGUAUUAAUUCAUUUGAUAUGUUAUUCUAUCGAGUAUGUAUGAAUGAUAAUCAUAAUCAUAAUCAUAAUCAUGAAUAUUCAAACCAUUUAUUAAAGGCAGAAAGUUAUAAUAGUGUGGAUUUAGUUCAUAAUAAUUUAAGUGUCCAUUAUAAAAGUCAUAAUAUGAAAGGAUUAAUUAAUUCUACUUUUAAAGAUUUUGAAUUACCUAAAUUUAAAUCUAAGAAUGAAAUUACUGAAUCAAUUUUAUUUAAUAGUUAUAGAUUAGAUCAUGAUGAUGAUUCAAUAGUACUUCAUGCUAUAUCAGUAAGAUGUCAAUCUACCACCUUUACCUUUAACUAUAACAGGAGUACUGGAUUAUUAAAUUCUUUUGUUCAUACUAAAGUUGAAUUAAAUAAUUUAAUAAAAUCCAUUUCUCAAAUCUCUCAAUUAACUAAUUUUAAUGAUUCUGUUCAAUCCUUACCGAAUAUUGUUAGUGAUGGAUUUACUAAUGUUAUAUUAGAUAAUGAAGAUAUAUUAAAUAAAUUAAUUCAAAUAAAAGAUGAUCUUAUGGGAUAUAUAAAUAAUCCUCAAUUCAAAUCAUUUGCCAUUUAUCAAAUUCGAGAUUUAUCAAAUACUUUAACAAGAUGUUUAUUAACUAUAUCAUCAAUGUCAAUAUUUAAAAAUAAUACUAAUAUUUUACAUGAAUUAUAUUAUUUACAAGAUUUAUAUCGGGCAUUACCAUUUAAUAAUGAUAAAUUAAUUAGUCAUGUAUCAACUAAUUUUAAAGAUAUUUUACCUUCAGAACUUCAAAUUAAACCUCAAAUUGAUUUUCAUAAUCAAGCAGUAUCUUUUAAUAUUGAUUUAAAUUUAUAUUUACCAGAAAAUUGGUCAAUUAUAACUUUAGAUAUAUGUCCAUUUAGUGGUAAUCUUGUUUUAUCAAAAUUUAUUAAGGGAAGUUAUCCAAUUAAUAUAACUCUACUGUUAAAUAGAACUUCAUCUACCAAAAAGAAUGAAUCUCAAAUCUCAUUUGAUGAUAUGAAGAAAAAUUUCCUUGAUAUAAUUAAACAAAGUGAUAUUUCAACAAAGGCAUCUACAACUUCUAAAAUAACUUCUAGAGAAGAAAGAAAAUCUUGGUGGAAAUUAAGAUUUCAUUUAGAUUUAAGAAUGAAAGAUUUACUUGAACAAGUUGAAAAUCAAUGGUUAGGAGGCUUUACAAGUAUUUUUAAUAAUUAUGUUAAAGAUUCAGUGUUUGCAAAAUUUAAACUGGAUUUCAUUAAAACUAUUCUUGGAUCAUUACCAUCUCGAAUAGAAAAUACUUCAUCGAAAAUGCAAUUUGAUGAUGAGUUAUUAGGAUUGUUUUAUAAUAUGAAAGCUUAUGAUAUAAAUAAAGUCAAUGAUAUACUAUAUUUCUUAAUUGAUUCAUUACUUUAUCAUGCAGAAUUAAAUCUGUUUGAAGAAAUCAACAUUUCCAAACUACACAAGAAUCUUGAAUUAAUUUUUGAUAAAUACUUUAAUUUGAGAACUAGUAAGGCUAGUGAACAUUUAAUCUUAGUACCAAGUUCAUCAUGUAAUUUCUUUCCUUGGGAAUCUUUAAAUUGUCUUUCUGGAAAAUCAGUUUCUCGUGUUCCUUCUAUUGAUCUUCUUAUUCAGAUGUUAAAGAAUAGGAAAUCUGAAACCAUUGAUAAAUCCAAACUUUAUUAUAUGAUAAAUCCGGGUGGAGAUUUAAGAAGAACAGAAGAGAAAUUUAAGCCAAUGUUCAACAAAUGGUCUACAUGGAAUGGAUUAGUUGGAGAGAAACCAAAUGAAGCAAAUUUUAUGGAUAAUUUAUCUAAAACUAAUUUAUUUGUAUAUUUGGGACAUGGUGGAUGUGAUCAAUAUUUAAAAACUGCAACAUUAUUUAAAACAUGUUUGCCAAAGGGUCCAAAGUUACCUCCAAGUUUAUUGAUUGGAUGUUCAUCAGGUGCUUUAACUGAAAAUGGAAUAUUUGAACCCCAUGGAAAUGUAUAUAAUUGGUUAACAUGUGGUACACCAAUGGUUCUUGUAAAUUUAUGGGAUGUUACUGAUAAAGAUAUAGAUCAAUUUAGUUUAUCAGUAUUUGAAAAAUGGGGACUUUUCCCUAAUCAACCCAGAAUUAGAACUUGGAAUAUUUGUGAAGCUGUUGGAUCAAGUAGAAAAUCCUGUACUUUACCAUAUCUUAAUGGUUCUGCUCCUAUUGUAUAUGGAUUACCAUUAGUAAUUGGACAUUGA